AAAUGGCCACUUUCAUGAGGAUUUUGACCUCAAAUCGAUCUCGUUUAUUCAAUAAAAAUUUGUCUCAAUUAUUUUCGGUUGUAAAUUCCAAAGAUAAUUCAUUUCGACAUGUUUUUACGACUAAUUAUUUGUUUGCAGAAACGCCAAUCAAAAUGCCUGCCCUAUCACCAACAAUGACAGCCGGAACUAUUGUUAAAUGGCAUAAAAAAGAAGGUGAAAAAAUAAAUGCUGGUGACAUUCUUUGUGAAGUACAAACGGAUAAAGCAGUCGUUGCAUUCGAAUUUGAUGAUGAUGGCAUAUUGGCAAAAAUUUUAGUCAAUGAAAAUUCUGCUGAAAUUCAAGUUGGUGAUUUGAUUGCCAUAGUUUGUGAAGAAGAUGAUGAUUGGAAGAAUGUUAAAAUACCCGAAAAUUUAAAUGUUACUUCUGAUACGAUAGUUAGCCCUGUUAAAUCUGAAUCCUUAUCAAUAAAGCAACCUGCAUCGGAUUCUAUUUCCAAAUCACCAAUAGAUAUUAACACUAUUAAAAUAAGUCCAAGUGCACGCAAUCUAAUGGAUCAAUAUGGAAUUGAAAUGUCAACCAUUCAACCUACCGGAAACCGUGGAGUCAUGAUGAAAGAAGAUGUUCUUAAAUUUAUUCAACAAAACAGUCUCCAACCAAAAAAUUUAUCAGUCAUUCAAGAGAAAGAGGCUUCAAAAAUGCCAAAAGAUUCAUCAAGCCCGGCCAAAUCGGAUACACCAUUUUUUGAUAUUGAAAUAUCUAAUAUGCGACGAACAAUAGCCAAACGUUUAACGGAAUCAAAAUCUAAUAUACCGCAUGCUUACAUGCGAAUCAAAUGUUCUAUGGAUGGCCUUUUGAAAUUAAGAAAAGAUUACAAAGAAAAAUCACUAUCUGUUUCCCUUAACGAUAUGAUCGUCAAAGCAACAGCAUUGGCAUUGAAACAAACGCCCGCUAUGAAUUGUCAAUGGGAUUCUGAAUGCGAAACGAUACGAAUAGUUCCUGAUAUUGAUGUAUCUAUUGCAGUGGCCACUCCAACUGGAUUGAUUACACCAAUUAUUAAGAAUGCCAAUUGUCUUUCAUUGGAAGAGAUUAGUAACAAUUCAAAAGAAUUAAUCGUUAAAGCUAAAGAUGGAAAACUACAGCCACAUGAAUUUAUUGGCGGUACAUUUUCCAUAUCAAAUUUGGGUAUGUAUGAUAUUGAUCAUUUUGUUGGUGUCAUAAAUCCACCACAAGCUGCAAUUUUGGCUGUCGGGGCAACAAGACAACGAUUCUUUGGUGAGCCUGAUGAUUACCAUAUUUGUAAUCAAACAAUCAUGUCAUUAUCAUAUGAUGCUCGUGCUAUCAAUGAAGAAUUGGCCGCACAUUUUAUGGAAAAACUACGUGAUAAUCUUGAAGAUACAGAUCUAUUGAUAACAUCUGAUGGAUCGAUCCACCGUCGUUUAUCAUCAUUCAUAUAAUAAUAAUAAUAAUAAUAUUUAUUCAUUUCUGUUAUUGAUUUUUAUCCCAAAUAAAUCUCAUCGAUUCAUAUUGAAAAAAUUUAAAAAAAAAAAAAAUCUAUUAACAUAA